UUGAACCGCUGCCUGGAUCAUCCUGCUGCCUCACUGCGGCCAGUUUUAAAGUGCGUGACGUCGCUUCCUUUCAACAUGGCGCAGCUAGGCAGGUUGCUAAUGGAAAUCUGAGGGAUUUACCCCACCUUCUGUCUUUAUUUAUGUCUGUAUGUUAGAGCAACUGCCGCUGUCAUCUCGAACAGAAUACAUCGGUCUGAAACGGCUGCUGCCCUUUGGACAGGCUCCUCGCCCUAAUUCCGGUGCGUCAUGUAUGAGGGCAAAAAGACGAAAAACAUGUUUUUAACAAGAGCUUUGGAGAAGAUCCUGGCCGACAAGGAGGUUAAAAAGUCUCAUCAUUCACAAUUGCGCAAAGCCUGCGAGGUGGCACUUGAGGAAAUAAAGGAAGAGUCUGAAAAAUUAAGUCCUCCUCCAGACAGCAAAUCGGAUUCCAGCACUCUUCCGCCAAUCAAAUCAAAGACCAGCUUCGUCGAGGCCGACAAGUACUUCCUGCCGUUUGAGUUGGCAUGUCAGUCCAAAUGUCCCCGCAUCGUCAUCACAUCACUAGACUGUUUACAGAAGCUGAUAGCGUAUGGCCACCUGACCGGCAGCGCUCCAGACAGCACGGCCCCUGGCAAGAAGCUCAUCGACAGGAUCAUCGAGACCAUCUGCGGCUGCUUCCAGGGACCACAGACAGAUGAGGGGGUGCAGCUACAGAUCAUUAAGGCCCUGUUGACGGCUGUGACCUCCCAGCACAUAGAGAUCCAUGAGGGCACAGUGCUGCAGGCGGUCAGGACCUGCUACAACAUCUACCUAGCCAGCAAGAACCUCAUCAACCAGACCACGGCCAAGGCCACGCUCACUCAGAUGCUCAAUGUCAUCUUCGCCCGCAUGGAGAACCAGGCACUUACAAAUCACAAGAUAUCUUGGUCUCUGGCCUCGAGAAAACGUGACCGCCAGCUCCAGGAGGCCAAGCUGAUGGAAAGGGAGAGGCCCCGUCAGCACUCCCAAGUCACCCAGGAACAGGAACCGGACUCACCCCAGCUCCAGCAGCACGUCUACCUCCCAGCCAAGGGCCCUCCCCGGGAGGCCAACGGCCCCACCACCCCCUCUACACCCACCACUCCUACCCCUCCCCGGGAGGCCAACGGCCCCACCACCCCCUCUACACCCACCCCCACCACUCCUACCCCAACCCAGGGGGCCACGGAGGAGGAGCAGGGGGAACAUGGGAUGAACGACUCUGAGUUCAGCACAGCAGAGAACCAUCAGACAGAGGCAGCAGCAGCACAGUGUGCUGCUCAGCGUGACCAAGAGACAGCAGUGGAGGAGGAGGAGCCUAACUAUGAGGAGAAAGCCCAGGAGAUUGUCCAGAGCAUCCUACAGGAAGUCGUCAACACCAUUGUUGGAGGGUACUGCCUGAACCCUGCUCAUCUGUGUUCAGAUGCCAAGGAGCCUGCUAGCGAGACCAAGCAGCCCACAGAUAUUAUCGAACCCGCUGAGGUCAUCACCAAGGUAACAGAGGUCACAGAGGUGGCGGAAGACGAGGGGGCGCUGGGCAGUGACAGCGAGAAUGUCCAUGCCAACGGAAUCCCCGGCACGCCCAUCUCUGCCAGCUUCACCCCGUCGCUGCCCGACGACAGGCUGUCUGUCUGCUCCAAUGAUACACAGGAGUCGGGGGCGACCACAGGCCCAGUACCAGGUGCUAAGUUCUCCCAUAUUCUCCAGAAGGAUGCCUUCCUAGUGUUUAGAUCGCUCUGCAAGCUGUCUAUGAAGCCUCUGUCAGAUGGACCGCCAGACCCAAAGUCCCACGAGCUGCGCUCCAAGGUGCUGUCCCUCCAGCUGCUGCUGUCCAUCCUGCAGAACGCUGGGCCCGUCUUCAAGACCAACGAGAUGUUCAUCAACGCCAUCAAGCAGUACCUGUGUGUGGCGCUGUCUAAGAACGGCGUCUCCUCCAUCCCAGAGGUCUUCUCGCUCUCGCUCUCCAUCUUCCUCACCCUCCUCUCUCACUUCAAGACCCACCUCAAGAUGCAGAUUGAGGUGUUCUUCAAGGAGAUUUUCCUGUACAUUCUGGAGACGUCCACAAGCUCCUACGACCAUAAAUGGAUGGUCAUACAGACCCUCACCAGAAUAUGUGCAGAUGCCCAGGGUGUGGUGGAUAUCUAUGUGAAUUAUGAUUGUGACUUGAAUGCUGCUAAUAUCUUUGAGAGGCUGGUGAAUGACCUCUCGAAGAUCGCACAGGGCCGGGCAGGCCACGAGCUCGGCACAACACCACUCCAAGAGUUGACCCUGAGGAAGAAAGGCCUGGAGUGUCUGGUGUCCAUCUUGAAGUGUAUGGUAGAGUGGAGUAAAGACCAGUAUGUCAACCCCAACUCCCAGACCAGCCUUGGAAGAGCAGGUCAGGAGAAGCCCUCGGAGCAGGAGACCAAUGAGACGAAGGCCCCAGAGACCAUCAACCGCUACGGAAGCAUCAACUCCCUGGACUCCACAGCCUCGUCGGGCAUCGGGAGCUACAGUACACAGAUGUCAGGGACAGACAACCCAGAGCAGUUUGAGGUUCUCAAACAACAGAAGGAGAUCAUCGAGCAGGGCAUCGACCUGUUCAACAAGAAACCAAAGAGGGGUGUCCAGUACCUCCAGGAGCAAGGUAUGCUGGGAACCACCCCGGAGGACCUCGCUCAGUUCCUGCACCAGGAGGAGAGGCUGGACUCGACUCAGGUGGGCGAGUUCCUGGGGGACAAUGAUCGCUUCAAUAAAGAGGUCAUGUAUGCCUACGUGGACCAGAUGGACUUCCAAGGCAAGGACUUUGUCUACGCUCUCAGAACGUUCCUCGAGGGCUUCCGUCUCCCGGGAGAGGCUCAGAAGAUUGACAGGCUCAUGGAGAAAUUCGCUGCGAGAUACUUAGAAUGCAACCAGGGGCAAACUGAGUUUGCGAGUGCAGACACUGCGUACGUCCUUGCCUACUCAAUCAUUAUGUUGACAACAGACCUUCAUAGUCCGCAGGUGAAGAACAAGAUGACUAAAGAGCAAUACAUCAAGAUGAACAGAGGGAUCAACGACAGCAAGGAUCUACCGGAGGAGUAUCUGUCUGCCAUCUACGACGAGAUCGCAGGGAAGAAGAUCGCUAUGAAGGAGACCAAGGAAAUUACUCUGAAAUCCAACAAGCACAGUGUGGCCAGUGAGAAGCAGAGGCGGCUGCUGUAUAAUGUAGAGAUGGAGCAGAUGGCUAAGACAGCCAAGGCCCUGAUGGAGGCUGUCAGUCACGUCCAGGCUCCCUUCACCAGCGCCACACACCUGGAGCAUGUCAGACCCAUGUUCAAGCUGGCCUGGACCCCGUUCCUAGCAGCCUUCAGUGUGGGCCUCCAGGACUGUGACGACACUGAGGUGGCUUUUCUCUGUCUGGAGGGAAUACGCUUUGCCAUCCGGAUAGCCUGCAUCUUCACCAUACAGCUGGAGCGGGAUGCGUACAUCCAGGCCCUGGCACGGUUUACCCUGCUCACAGCCAGCUCUGGCAUCACUGAGAUGAAGCAGAAGAACAUCGACACCAUCAAGACUCUCAUCACCGUCGCCCACACAGACGGAAACUACCUGGGCACCUCCUGGCACGAGAUAAUGAAGUGUAUCAGUCAGUUGGAGCUGGCCCAGCUGAUCGGGACGGGGGUUAAGGCCAGGUACAUCUCAGGGACGGUUCGGGGGAAAGAGGGCUUCAUCACCAGCACCAAGGAGCAGAGUAACGACGAAUACCUGGGCCUGGCAGGUGGGACAGUAGACCGGAAGCAGAUCCUCAGUAUCCAGGAGUCCAUAGGAGAGACCAGCUCCCAGAGUGUGGUGGUGGCUGUAGACAGAAUAUUCACAGGUUCUACCAGACUGGAUGGUAAUGCAAUUGUGGACUUUGUGCGCUGGUUGUGUGCUGUGUCUAUGGAUGAGCUGGCCUCGCCGACACACCCCCGCAUGUUCAGCCUGCAGAAGAUAGUGGAGAUCUCCUACUACAACAUGGGACGUAUCAGACUGCAGUGGUCCAGGAUCUGGGAGGUCAUUGGAGACCACUUCAACAAGGUUGGAUGUAACCCCAACGAGGACGUGGCUAUCUUUGCUGUGGAUUCUCUCCGGCAGCUGUCCAUGAAGUUUCUAGAGAAGGGAGAGCUGGCAAACUUCAGAUUCCAGAAGGACUUUCUGAGGCCUUUCGAGCACAUCAUGAAAAAGAACAGAUCUCCAACGAUCAGGGACAUGGUGGUGCGCUGCAUAGCCCAGAUGGUCAACUCACAGGCGGGGAACAUCCGGUCGGGCUGGAAGAACAUCUUCUCAGUGUUCCACCUGGCUGCCUCGGACCAGGACGAGAGCAUCGUAGAGCUGGCAUUCCAGACCACGGGGCACAUCUCCACGAAUGUAUUUGAGAAGCACUUCCCAGCCACCAUAGACUCCUUCCAGGAUGCAGUCAAGUGUCUGUCUGAGUUUGCCUGCAACGCCUCCUUCCCGGACACCAGCAUGGAGGCCAUCCGCCUCAUCCGACACUGCGCCAAAUACGUCUCUGACAGGCCCCAGGCGUUCAAAGACUACACCAGUGAUGAUAUGAAUGUAGUCCCAGAGGACCGGGUGUGGGUGAGAGGGUGGUUCCCCAUCCUCUUUGAGCUGUCCUGCAUCAUCAACAGGUGUAAACUGGACGUCAGGACCAGGGGUCUGACGGUGAUGUUUGAGGUGAUGAAGACCUAUGGACACACCUUUGAGAAACAUUGGUGGCAGGAUCUGUUCAGGAUCGUCUUCAGGAUCUUUGACAACAUGAAGCUGCCUGAGCAGCAAACUGAGAAAGCAGAGUGGAUGACGACGACCUGUAACCACGCACUUUACGCCAUCUCUGACGUGUUCACGCAGUACUUUGAGUCUCUCAGUGAUGUCCUGCUGGAUGACAUUCUGGCACAGCUGUACUGGUGUGUUCAGCAAGAUAAUGAGCAGUUGGCCCGGUCAGGCACCAACUGUCUGGAGAACGUGGUCAUCCUGAAUGGAGAGAAGUUUACUCCGGAGACCUGGGACAAGACCUGUAACUGCAUGCUGGACAUCUUCAAGACCACCAUCCCACACGCGCUGUUGACAUGGAGACCAGCAGGAGCAGAGGGAGAUCCCAUGACACCACAGGACAUAUCAGACAGACAGCUGGACUCAAUUUCCCAGAAGUCCGUGGACAUCCAGUCCCAUUCCGAGGACCAGCAUUCCAUCAACAGCGCAGAGAGGGUUGCCAUGGAGACCCGGCGGCAGAGUCAGUACAGCACAGGCAUUUAUGAGGACGGCCCCAGAAACAGGACCCCAAUAAAGAUCCAGGAGCAGCGGUUAUUCUCAGCCUUGCUCAUUAAGUGUGUGGUGCAGUUGGAGCUGAUCCAGACCAUAGACAACAUGGUCUUCUUCCCUGCGACCAGCAGGAAGGAGGAUGCUGAGAACCUGGCUGCUGCACAGAGAGAUUCUCUGGACGCAGCAGACGUACUUGUGGAGACCCAGGACCAGGGAAUGUACCACUACCUGACCUCAGAACAGCUGUUCAAGCUGCUGGACUGUCUGCUGAAGUCCCACCACUUCGCCAAAGCCUUCAACGCCAACAACGAGCAGAGGACCACUCUCUGGAAGGCAGGUUUUAAAGGGAAGUCAAAGCCCAAUCUGCUGAAGCAGGAGACCAGCAGUCUGGCGUGUGGCCUGAGGAUCCUGUUCCGGAUGUACACUGACGACAGCCGUCAGACUGCCUGGGAAGAGGUCCAGAGACAGCUGCUCAAUGUGUGCAGUGAGGCAGUAGCCUACUUCCUGACUCUAACAUCAGAGAGCCACAGAGAAGCCUGGACAAACCUGCUCCUCCUCUUCCUCACCAAGGUCCUGAAGAUCAGUGAUGACAGGUUCAAGGCCCAUGCGUCCAGGUACUACCCUCUGCUGUGUGAGAUCAUGCAGAUUGAUCUUAUCCCAGAAUUGCGGUCCGUGCUGCGGAAGUUCUACCUACGCAUCGGGAUCGUGUUCCAGAUCGCCCAGCUACCUGACACCUCCCAGCUGGAACAAGAACCAAUGCCAGAACCAGGACUGGAAGUUGAGGUGGAGAGAGGGGAGGUGGCUGGAGAGGAAGCCCAGUGAUGUUCCACUUGUAGCGGGCUGGCACCGAGACCUCUGGAUAGGGAAGCCUGGAACUUGGAAGUCCUCCUCCCCUCUUGCCUUGGGUUUGUCUACAAACCCUUUAGGACUAUGGUCUCCCAUCCCCCAGGGUACUACAAGGGGUGCAUCUGACCAGACUUCACCCCCUCUGGAUUUGGCAGUUACCCAGAAUCCCCCAGUACAGGAAACUGCCAGGGAUCUCUACUGUGAACCUGACUGGUCAUGUGACAGGAAAUGCCCCCUCAUUUCAGAGUAGGUUGAAGUUGCCCCUAGAAACUGAUCGAAGGCCAGUUUUUGCAUCCCCUUAUGGUUAAGUUUAGAAUAUUGGGAGGUCAAGCUGAUCUUAGAUCCUAUGAGCAACUUCUACCCGAAGCCCCUCAUAUCACUGGAAGAAUGGCUUGGCAUUGUGUGAAGAUCUGAUUCUACUGACGACUGCAGAAUAACUAUGAUUAUACAAUUGGCCUACCCACCUUUCUGACUCCGAAGAGUCAAAUAUAUUUCAAAAAGGUACUGCUUCUUGACAUGACUGUGUCCUUACAAGCUACUCUUGAGAAUAAAAUGGAUACACAUACAUCAUGCAAUGCAAAUGACGAAUAUUCAGUAAUGUGAAAUGUGACAUUCUUACUCAAUAAUAAUUCAGAUAUUUUCCUGGCUGCACCACUGAUGGCUAACGUUAACACCAAUAGCCCUGUGGAUUAAACAUUAACUACAGAAAUGGCGCUUUGUAAUGUAAUGUAAUCUCCUAACACUGGAUUUUAUUUUCUUUUUUUCUGUAUUCUGCUGCACUUGAUCUCUUUAUUGAAGAUUUUUGCUUUUGUGAUUAUUUAUUUUGACUGAACCAUCUGUCCUGCAGUUUGUAAUUGAACGACGACACGGCAGAAAGUUAUGGGUAAAUUAUUCCAUUUGAUAUGUUCUGAGACUUUAACUGAUAGUCGAUAACUGGGACUCCUUCUAAAACUGGAAAAAAGGAGAGCAACUACGGGCCCGUUCAGGAGGUUCCAACGUUCAAGAUAGAAAUGUAGUGUGUAGAUAUGACUGUCAUAUACUACAAGGAAUUAUCAGCUCUAUAUACAACAUGUCUAUCUGCAAUGAUUCUGAAUAGGCCCCUGGUGUGAGCUGCUUAUGAAUCACUGGUCUGUUUCCAUGUUUCAAGUUAGUUUCCACUCUGUGUACAAAUUUGAAUAAAUUCAUAAUAUAUUUAAUAUCUUUUUUCUUUUGUUUGGGGACAUGCUGUAUGUAUAAAGUAAAUGACGAAUAAUGUUAACUGUGGUUUAAAAGAAGACUUGUGAAUGGGACGCAUUCCUUGCUCACGGAUGUAGAAAACAAAAUGUAUAUGGUACAGCAAUGUAAAGUUUUCUAUGUUGAAAAAAGACUUCUGUACAACUUUCUGUACAAAACUGGUCAUCAUCCGACAUUUUAAUCAGGUUAUAGGUCAAUAAAGUUUUUGAACUUGA